AUGGCGCCCUCCGUCGUAACCCUCGACACGACCCCCGACUUCGACUUCACGCCCUCCAUGGGCGCGACGAAGCAGCAGCAGCAGCAGCAGCAGCAACCCCAAACCCGAACCCUCCUCCUCGCCCCUCCCUCCCUCUCCUCCGCCCCCAACAAGCUCUCCGCCGCCCUCGCCUCCCACGACCGCGCCGCCACAGACCUCCAGAUGCUCGACCGCCUCUCCGCCCGCCUCGUCUCCCUGCCCCAGUCCGCCUACGACCUCGUCCUGGUCCUCACCGACGCCGACGGCGCCCGAGUCGAGUCCACCCGCCUCCUCUCCGACCGCGCCGUCCUCUCCGCCGUCGCCGACGCCCUCAAGCCCUCCGCCCUCCUCCGCGCCCAGGACGGCGGCAACCUCGCCAACGACCCCGCCGUCGCACGCGAGGCCGUCCUCGCCGGCCUCGUCGCCGCCCCCGGCGGCGGCUUCUCCAAGCCCGACUACGACGAGGACCAGGUCGUCACGCUCUCCUUCGGCAAGAAGAAGGCAGCCGCACCCGCGACCAACGGUGCCGUGUCUCUCGGCAACGGUGCGGUUUCCCUGAACAACGGCGCCGUCUCGCUCAACAACAAACCCACCACCGCGCCCCCCGUCUCCGCGCCCCCCGUCUCCGCGCCCCCGGCCGGCGUGGGCUUCGUCGACUUCAGCGACGACCUCGACAUGGACGACGACGACGAGCUGAUCGACGAAGACACCCUCCUGACCGACGCAGACCUCUCUCGUCCCCUUAACAUCCCCCCCGAGUGCGCCCCCAAGGCCGGAAAGCGCCGCCGCGCCUGCAAGGACUGCACCUGCGGCCUGGCCGAGCGCAUCGCGGCCGAAGACGCGGCCACCCGCGCCGCCGCCGACGCCGCCCUCGCCGCAGCGGCCCCCGUCAAGCUCGGCGCCGACGACCUCGCCGAGGUCGACUUCACCGUCCAGGGCAAGGUCGGCUCCUGCGGCAACUGCGCCCUCGGCGACGCCUUCCGCUGCGACGGGUGCCCCUACAUCGGCCUCCCGCCCUUCAAGCCCGGCGAGGAGGUCCGCAUCCUCAACAACGACAUCCAACUGUAA